UCCACGUUUCCGAAGGCUCUCGGAGAUUCACCGAACAGAGACCCAGCCCUUCCCGAUUUCCGUGCCCCUCUGCCCCAACCCCUCCCGUCUACAACGACUCCCCUUUCGGCUCGACUCGGAGGAGGAACCCGGCGGCAGCCCAGCUGUGCAUUUGUAGCUAUUACCCAAGAUGGAGGUUUGCUGAUGGCACUAGCAUCUAGGAGCGAUCCUGCCCGUCCCUGUGUCUUGGCCGACGCUUUUCCGAAAGGGAACAUAUUUUUUUCCUUGAUAACGUUGGCAGGAAAAAGGCCCACCGCAUUGGGAAUUUAGUUGGGCCACCAUCAUGAGCUCUGGGGAAGGAGCGGAGGAGACGUCAAAGGACGCGGCCGAUAUAGCGGCGUUCUUUAAAUCUGAUGGUUCCCUCCCAAAAGAGCCCAAAGGAGACUUGUCCAGUCAGCUACCAGGUUUUCGCAAAAAUGAAGACAUGAGAGCGAUGGAGGUGUUGCCUAUUCUAAAGGAAAAAGUUGCCUUCCUAUCAGGGGGCAGAGACAGACGCGGAGGUCCAGUGUUAACGUUUCCGUCACGCAGUAACCACGACAGAAUACGAGCUGACGACCUCAGAAGACUCAUAGCGUACCUCGCUGGCAUCCCCAAUGAGGAGGUGAUCAAGCAUGGCUUCACAGUCAUAGUGGACAUGCGAGGCAGUAAAUGGGACAGUAUCAAAUCUCUACUGAAGAUCCUCCAGGAGUCGUUCCCCUGCUGUAUACACGUAGCACUCAUCAUCAAACCAGACAACUUCUGGCAGAAACAACGCACCAACUUCGGCAGCUCCAAGUUCGAAUUUGAGACCACCAUGGUAUCGUUGGAGGGUCUAUCUAAGGUGGUUGACCCCUCCCAGCUGACCCCUGACUUCGAGGGAAGUCUGGAAUACAACCAUGACGAGUGGAUCGAGGUGCGGGUUGCAUUUGAGGAGUUUACGGGGCACGCGGGUCACAUGUUGUCGAGGCUGGAGGAGAUGCAGGAGGUGGUGGCGAGGAAAGACUUCCCCACGGAUCUGGACGGGGCUCGGCGCAUGAUAGAGGAACACGCCACGCUGAAGAAGAAAGUCAUCAAAGCUCCAAUAGAGGAACUGGAUACGGAGGGACAGAGGUUACUGCAGCGUAUCCAGAGCAGUGAGUCGUACAGGAACUCUAACGCCAGCGGUGUGUGUAACGCUGACUCCCAGGGGCUGAUGCCACGCGUCGCCACCCUGCUGGACAAACUCCACACCACACGACAACACCUCCACCAGGCCUGGCACAUCAGGAAACUCCAGCUGGACCAGUGCUUCCAGCUACGCCUCUUCGAACAGGACGCUGAGAAGAUGUUUGAUUGGAUCAUGCACAACAAGGGUCUGUUCCUGGCUGGCUACACAGAGAUCGGCAACAACCACCCACACGCCAUGGAGCUACAGACACAACACAACCACUUUGCUAUGAACUGCAUGAACGUGUAUGUGAACAUCAACAGGAUAAUGUCAGUGGGUAACAGGCUGUUGGAGUCUGGUCACUAUGCCUCGGUGCAGAUUAAACAGAUUUCAGGUCAGCUGGAAGCGGAGUGGAAAGCCUUCGCUGCUGCCCUGGAUGAACGCAGCACACUGCUGGAGAUGUCUGCCGCCUUCCAGCAGAAAUGUGACCAGUACAUGAGUAAUGUGGACUCGUGGUGUAAAGCGUGUGGAGAGGUGGAUCUACCCUCGGAGCUCCAGGACCUAGAAGAUGCUAUCCACCACCACCAGGGCCUCUACGAACACAUCACUGCUGCCUACUCAGAGGUAAACGGCACUGCUGCAUACCCAGAGGUCAGCCAGGACGGUAAGGCCCUAUUGGAUAAGCUUCAGCGCCCUCUGACCCCGGGGGGGGCUGAUUCGCUGACAGCCUCGGCCAACUACAGCAAGGCGGUGCACCAUGUGCUGGAUGUCAUACACGAGGUGCUGCACCACCAGAGACAACUGGAGAAUAUCUGGCAACACCGCAAAGUCCGCCUGCACCAGAGGCUCCAGCUGUGUGUGUUCCAGCAAGACGUACAGCAGGUUCUGGACUGGAUAGAGAACCAUGGGGAGGCGUUCCUCAGUAAACACACAGGCGUAGGGAAGUCCCUCCAUCGAGCCAGAGCACUACAGAAACGACACGAGGACUUCGAGGAGGUCGCCCAGAACACCUAUACUAAUGCUGACAAGCUGCUGGAGGCAGCGGAGCAGUUAGCCCAGACAGGAGAGUGUGAUCCAGAGGAGAUCUACCAGGCAGCCCACCAGCUAGAGGACCGCAUCCAGGACUUUGUUAGGAGGGUGGAGCAACGCAAAGUCCUGCUGGACAUGUCUGUCGCCUUCCACACACACGUCAAAGAGCUGUGGACGUGGUUGGAGGAGCUGCAGAAGGAGUUAUUAGAUGAUGUGUAUGCUGAGUCUGUGGAGGCGGUGCAGGAUCUGAUCAAACGCUUCAGCCAGCAGCAGCAGACCACCUUGCAGGUCACUGUCAACGUCAUCAAGGAGGGAGAGGACCUCAUCCAGCAGCUCAGGGACUCUGCUAUCUCCAGUAACAAGACUCCCCACAACAGCUCCAUCAACCACAUAGAGAGUGUGUUACUGCAGCUGGACGAGGCCCAGGCUCAGAUGGAGGAGCUGUUUCAGGAGAGGAAGAUCAAACUAGAACUCUUUCUACAACUACGCAUCUUUGAGAGGGACGCCAUCGAUAUCAUCUCAGACCUGGAGUCGUGGAAUGAGGAGUUGACUGUUCAGAUGAGUGAGUUUGAUACAGAGGACCUGACCCUGGCAGAACAGAGACUCCAACACCAUGCUGACAAGGCCCUGACCAUGAACAACCUGACCUUUGACGUCAUCCACCAGGGACAGGAACUGCUGCAGUACGUCAACGAAGUACAAGCCUCUGGUGUAGAGUUGCUGUGUGACAGAGAUGUGGACAUGGCUACUCGUGUUCAGGACCUGCUGGAGUUCCUCCAUGAGAAGCAACAGGAGUUGGACGUAGCAGGUGAACAACACAGGAGACACCUGGAACAGUGUGUACAGCUACGACACCUGCAGGCCGAAGUCAAACAGGUCCUGGGCUGGAUCCGUAAUGGGGAGUCUAUGUUGAAUGCUGGUCUGAUCACAGCCAGUUCUCUACAGGAAGCAGAACAGCUACAGAGAGAACACGAACAGUUCCAGCAUGCCAUUGAGAAAACCCACCAGAGUGCUCUGCAGGUGCAGCAGAAGGCUGAGGCGUUACUCCAGGCCAACCACUAUGAUAUGGACCUGAUCAGAGACUGUGCUGAGAGUGUAGCGUCCCACUGGCAGCAGCUCAUGUUGAAGAUGGAGGACAGGCUGAAACUGGUCAACGCCUCUGUAGCCUUCUACAAGACCUCCGAACAGGUGUGCAGUGUGUUGGAGAGCCUGGAGCAGGAGUAUAAGAGGGAAGAGGACUGGUGUGGGGGGGCUGAUAAACUGGGUCCUAACUGUGAGUCAGACCACGUCACUCCCAUGAUCAGCAAACACCUGGAACAGAAAGAGGCCUUCCUCAAGGCAUGUACCCUGGCCAGACGUAAUGCUGACGUGUUCCUGAAGUACAUGCACCGGAACAGUGUUAACAUGCCUGGGAUGCUCAGCCAUGUCAAAGCACCCGAACAACAGGUCAAGAACAUCCUGAAUGAGUUGUUACAGAGAGAGAAUCGUGUUCUCCACUUCUGGACCAUGAGGAAACGACGGUUGGACCAGUGUCAGCAAUACGUGGUGUUUGAACGCAGCGCCAAACAGGCUCUGGAGUGGAUCCAUGACACGGGAGAGUUCUACCUGUCAACCCACACCUCCACUGGCUCCAGUAUCCACCACACACAGGAGCUGCUGAAGGAGCACGAAGACUUCCACAUCACAGCCAGGCAAACAAAAGAGCGUGUCAAGCUGCUGAUCCAGCUAGCGGAUGGCUUCUGUGAUAAGGGCCAUAGUCAUGCUGUGGAGAUAAAGAAGUGGGUGACUGCAGUGGACAAACGCUACAGAGACUUCUCCCUGCGGAUGGACAAGUACCGGACCAGUCUAGAGAAGGCACUGGGCAUCUCAUCUGACACUAACUCCAAGGCUAGUAAGGACCUCCAGUUGGACAUCAUCCCGGCCACACCUCAAGGGUCAGAGGUCAAGCUGAGAGACGCGGCUCACGAACUCAACGAGGAGAAACGCAAGUCCGCUCGCAGGAAGGAGUUCAUCAUGGCUGAACUGAUUCAGACAGAGAAGACCUAUGUCAGAGACCUAAGGGAGUGUACGGACACAUACCUAUGGGAGAUGACCAGUGGGGUAGAGGAGAUCCCUCCUGGCAUCGUCAACAAGGAACACAUCAUCUUUGGAAACAUGGUGGACCUCUAUGAGUUCCAUCACAAUAUCUUCCUCAAAGAGCUGGAGAAGUAUGAACAGCUACCAGAAGACGUGGGCCACUGCUUUGUCACAUGGGCUGAUAAGUUCCAGAUGUACGUGAACUACUGUAAGAACAAACCAGACUCCACCCAGCUUAUCCUAGAGCACGCCGGACCCUACUUUGACGAGAUCCAGCAGCGGCACCGAUUGGCCAACUCCAUCUCCUCCUACCUGAUCAAGCCUGUUCAGCGAAUCACCAAGUACCAGCUUCUGCUCAAGGAGCUGCUGACGUGCUGUGAGGAGGGGAAAGGAGAGAUCAAGGAUGGACUGGAGGUCAUGCUCAGUGUCCCCAAGAGAGCCAACGACGCCAUGCACCUCUCAAUGCUGGAGGGUUUCGAUGAGAACAUUGAAUCUCAGGGAGAGCUGAUCCUGCAGGAAUCAUUCCAGGUGUGGGAUCCUAAGACUCUGAUCCGUAAGGGUCGCGAGCGGCACCUCUUCCUCUUCGAGAUGUCCCUCAUCUUCAGCAAGGAGGUCAAGGACUCCAACGGACGGAGCAAGUACAUGUACAAGAGCAAACUCUACACGUCAGAGUUGGGGGUAACAGAGCACGUUGAGGGAGACCCCUGUAAGUUUGCUCUGUGGGUGGGACGCACCCCAACCUCCGACAACAAGAUUGUACUCAAGCCAAGUCAGGGAUGCAAACAUGGAUCGAUGGCGUCGAGCAUUGAGAACAAGCAGGAUUGGAUCAAACACAUCAGGGAGGUGAUUCAGGAACGAACCAUCCACCUGAGAGGAGCUCUGAAGGAACCCAUACACAUCCCUAAGUCUGCCACCGCCAAGCACCACAAGGGACACCGCAGGUACAGGGAUGGAGAGGACUUGGACAGCCAGGGUGACGGCAGCAGCCAACCAGACACCAUCUCUAUCGCCUCACGCACCUCACAAAACACACUGGACAGUGACAAGCUGUCCGGUGGCUGUGAGCUGACUGUGGUGAUCCAUGACUUCAUGGCUGGUAACAGCAACGAGCUGACCGUCCGGAGGGGCCAGACUGUGGAGGUCCUGGAGAGGUGCCAUGACAAGCCUGACUGGUGUCUGGUGCGGACCACGGACCGCUCCCCUGCCCACGAGGGACUGGUACCCUGCACCAUGCUCUGCAUCGCCCACUCACGCUCCUCCAUGGAGAUGGAGGGGAUAUUCAACCAUAAAGACACUCUAUCAGUGUGUAGUAAUGACUCCAUCAUGCCAGGCUCCUCUGCCACCCUACAGCCUGGGCAUCACGGCAUGGGCUCACACACCUCGCCAGGGCCCAAACGACCAGGUAACACCCUGCGUAAGUGGCUGACCAGCCCAGUGCGUCGUCUGAGCAGUGGCAAGGCAGACGGGCACGUGAAAAAGCUGGCACACAAACAGAAGAAGAACCGCGAGGUGAGGAAGAGUGGUGAGAUGACGGGCAGCGCCCAGAAAGACUCUGAUGACAGCGCCGCUACACCCCAGGAUGAGACUGUGGAGGAGAGGGUGCGUAACGAGGGGCUCUCGAGUGGGACCCUGUCCAAGUCCUCGUCCUCUGGGAUGCAGAGCUGUGGCGAGGAGGAGGGCGAGGAGGGUGCUGACUCUGUACCCCUACCGCCCCCCAUGGCCAUCCAGCAGCACAGCCUACUGCAGCCUGACACACAGGACGACAAGAGCUCCUCUCGUCUGUCCGUCCGUCCAUCCAGUUCUGAGACACCCAGUGCAGCAGAGCUGGUGAGCGCCAUCGAGGAACUGGUCAAGAGCAAGAUGGCUUUGGAGGACAGGCCCAGCUCUCUCUCAGUAGAACAGGGGGAUAGCAGCUCUCCCUCCUUCAACCCCUCCGACAACUCCCUCCUCUCAUCCUCCUCUCCCAUCGAUGAGAUGGAGGAGCGCAAGACUGGCUUCCUCAAGAGACGACAUUUUGUGUUGUUGGAACUGGUGGAGACUGAGAGGGACUACGUCAGAGACCUGGGCGUGGUGGUGGGGGGCUAUAUGACGCGGAUGAAGGAGGAAGGGGUACCAGACGAUAUGAAGGGGAAAGACAAGAUCGUCUUUGGAAACAUCCACCAGAUCUACGACUGGCACAGAGAUUUCUUCAUGGGAGAGUUAGAGAAGUGUCUGGAAGACCCUGACCGACUUGGGCCACUGUUCGUCAAACAUGAGCGGAGGCUCCACAUGUACAUAGUGUACUGUCAGAACAAGCCUAAGUCAGAGCUCAUCGUAUCAGAGUACAUCGACACCUACUUUGAGGACCUGAAACAACGUCUAGGUCACCGUCUCCAGAUCACUGACCUCCUCAUCAAACCCGUCCAGAGAAUCAUGAAGUACCAACUACUGCUCAAGGACUUCCUCAAAUUCUCUAAAAAGGCAGGGUUGGAUUCAGUGGAGUUGGAGAAAGGAGUUGAGAUCAUGUGCAUCGUACCAAAGAGAUGCAACGAUAUGAUGAACGUGGGGCGGCUCCAAGGAUUUGACGGUAAGAUUGUGGCCCAAGGUCGUCUGCUGCUUCAGGACACCUUCAUGGUAUCAGACCCUGAGGGGGGAGUAGGGAGGAUGAGGGAGAGAAGGGUCUUCCUCUUCGAACAGAUCGUCAUCUUCAGUGAACCACUGGACAAGAAGAGAGGUUUCUCCAUGCCUGGCUUCGUAUACAAGAACAGCAUCAAGGUCAGUUGUCUCGGGUUGGAGGACAGUGUGGACGGUGACCCCUGUAAGUUUGUGUUGACGUCUCGGGUGACCAAUAGCAGCAUAGAAUCCUUCGUCCUUCACUCCUCCCAUCUGGGUGUCCGGCAGGUCUGGACCCUUCAGAUCAGCCAGAUACUGGAGAGCCAACGCAACUUCCUCAAUGCUCUGACCUCCCCUACAGAGUACCAGAGGAACCAUGUAGGGGCUAGCGACGGACCAUGUCUACCCAGCGGCGGAGCUCCGUCAAUGGGGAGCGUCAUGCCCAGUUUGGCCCCUGUUGGAGCUCUACAGGGUGUGCAUCUAUCUGGGCCGCUCGGUGGAAGUGUGCCCCUCGGUGUAGGUAGUCCCCUCGUUGGAGGUGGUCCCCAGGGUGGAGCUGGCUCAUCCAGGAGGCCCUCCAGGAUCCCCCAGCCCUCCCGCCUGCCCCAGCCCCUACGACACCCACACAACCCUGGGGCCACAGACCCAGAUGGCCCCAACAAGAUGUCAGGUUCCUCCCCUCGUCUCCCCCCACCUCCCUCGCUCCCUCCCUCCAUCUCAGUGGACCCGCAGGCCCAGCGUGGGGUGAGGGUCCAGGGGGGAAGCCCCCAGGGCAAGCGCCCCAUCUUGGCCUCAAACGACCAGCCCCCUUCCAUCCCCACUAUCCCCCGGGCCAGUGUGGCCCCCCUCCCUGUGCCUCUCUCCACCCCCACUAAGCCUCGGCCGGGCACCGUCUCCCCCAUGGCCUCACCCAUGGCCACCCCCGCCUUUGGGAAGGAUGCGCUCCCCCCUCCCCCUCCCAGCCCUGGCCUGAAGUCUGGCUCUGGAUCCUUCUGGAGCUCCAUGCCUGGUUCUCCAGCCAGCCGGCCCGGCUCCUUCACCUUCCCAGGGGAGCCAGGGGAUACCCUGGGGAGACAGAACCAAAACACGGCCCAGACCUCAUCUCAGUCAGGGACCGGGUCCCACAGACACUCCAACCACAGCAAGGAGGCGGACCGCAUGAGUACGUGCUCAUCGACCAGUGAGCAGUCCAUCCAGUCCACCCAGAGCAAUGGGAGUGAAAGCAGCAGCAGCAGUAGUAUGUCGACCAUGUUGGUGACCCAGGACUACGUGGCCCUGAAGGAGGAUGAGAUCAGUGUGUCCCAGGGAGAGGUGGUUCAGAUCCUGGCCUCUAACCAACAGAACAUGUUCCUGGUGUUCCGGGCCGCUACCGAACAGGGCCCCGCUGCCGAGGGCUGGAUCCCCGGUUACGUUCUAGGACACACCUCCACCAUCAUCCCCGACUACCCAGACGGAACCAUCAAGAAGUCCUCAUCCUGGCACACCACCCUGCGCAUCCGCAAGAAGUCUGAGAGGAAAGAAGAGGGAAAGAAAGAGGGCAAGCUGGAAAACGGUUACAGGAAGUCUAGAGAUGGGCUAGCCAAUAAGGUUUCUGUAAAGCUUCUAAACCCCAACUACAUCUAUGAUUUCUCACCGGAGUUCCUGGUCCCCCUGAGCGAGGUGACGUGUGACAACGGGGAGAGUGUGACUCUGAGGUGUAAGGUGUGUGGCCGACCCAAAGCUACUGUCACCUGGAGGGGACCUGACCAGACCACCCUGAACAACAACGGACACCACAGCAUCGCCUACAGUGAGACUGGCGAGGCGACCCUGAGGAUAGUAGGCGUGUCUUCGGAGGACGACGGUGUUUACACCUGCGUCGCCGCUAACGACCUGGGCUCCGUGACAUCAUCAGCCAGCCUCAGAGUGCUAGUUGUGUCCAGUGACGGGAUCAGGGUGAGCUGGAAGGACAACUUUGAGUCCCACUACACUGAGGUGGCAGAGCUGGGCAGAGGCCGGUUCUCUGUGGUCAAGCGUUGCGAACACAAGUCAACUAAACGCACUGUGGCUGUCAAGCUGGUCAAUAAGAAACUGAUGAAAAGAGACCAGGUGACCCAGGAGCUCAGCCUGCUACAAAGACUACAACACACACACCUGGUCACACUGCUGGACACGUACGAGACCCCCAGCAGCUACGCACUGGUCCUGGAGAUGGUUGAUCAGGGUCGUCUCCUGGACUACAUAGUGAGCUGGGGGAAUCUGACUGAGGAGAAAGUGGCCAGCUACCUACGGAACAUCCUAGAAGCUUUACAUUACCUACACAACUGUAGGAUAGCCCAUCUGGACUUAAAGCCUGAGAACCUGUUGGUGUCCCACACCUCGUCCGGCCAGCCCAUGGUCAAACUGACCGACUUCGGGGACGCCGUCCAGCUCAACAGUGCCCACUACAUCCACCCUCUCCUGGGCAGCCCCGAGUUCGCCUCCCCCGAGCUGGUCGUGGGGGAGCCCGCCGCACUGACCUCUGACCUCUGGAGCCUAGGGGUUGUGACCUACGUCAUCCUGAGCGGGGCGUCUCCCUUCCUUGACGAGAGCGUGGAGGAGACGUGUCUGAACAUCUGCCGGCUAGACUUCAGCUUCCCCCACCACUACUUCCAGGGCGUCACCCAGGGGGCCCGGGAGUUCAUCUGCCUGCUGCUGAGGGCUGACCCUGCAAGGAGGCCUCCGGCUGGGCUAUGUCUGCAGGAGCCCUGGGUUCAGGGCCAGGCCGGGUUAGCAGACGCCCAGGGGCAGGGUAGGGUGGAGGGUGGGUGUCUGGACACGUCUCGCCUUGUGCUGUUCAUAGACAGAAGGAAGCACCAGACAGACGCCAAGCCCAUCGGAGGGGUACAGAGCUUCCUACAGAGCCGUUUACAACCACAGGCCUGAGCGAGGGAUGGAGAGAGAUGCCCCCUCCCAACCACUCUAACCCUGGCUGGAAGGAUAGGACAUCCAGUCCUGGGAGGAUGGUGGGAGGAGCUAUAGGAGGAUGGGAUCAUUGUAAUAGAUGGAAUGGAAUCAAUGGAAUGGUAGCAAACACAUCAAGCACAUGGAAACAACGUGUUUGACUCUGUUCCAUUGAUUCCAUUUCAGACAUUACAAUGAGCCUGUCCUUCUAUGGCUCCUCCCACCAGCCUCCUCUGGUCCAGUCCCAAAUGGGACUGGGCAUCUCGGAGAAAGAAAAGUAAAUGAAAUUCGCUGAUCUCAUGCUCUUUCAGAUAUGUUGUGGUUUAAAAAAAAAAAAAGUCCUGUGGUCCUUCAACCAAUCAAAACAUGAUGCUUGUAGGCGUAGCGGUCCUUAACCAAUCAUUUUUCCCGAGAGAACACACACCGAGUUCUCAGCCAAUCAAAACAAGGGUGACAUAAUGUCCUCAACAGUCUACUGCUGCUUGCUGGUUUACACUCAAACUGAUUUUCUAAAAAUUAAAUAAAAACAGACAAAUCGAUGGAGUAACUUAUUUUUCCUCUAUCUUACUGAGUCAAUCGAUCAACAGAGAGCCUCUUGAUCGAUCUUUAUCGUGUGGAGGAUUUUAUCCCUGCACAAACAAACAGAGCUUUCAGAGGAGAGUUGCUAAGGAAGAGGGUGUUAGCACACAUAGCAACUAUCCCUUCCCUUUUGUUUGACAGAGAUAGAGUGAGAGAGAGGUUUUGUUUUUGUGCUUUUACAAUACAUGACUCAAACUGUUGGGACACCUCCUUUCUUAAAGAACCAAUACAGAGAGAACAUUGUCCACAACUUUUCAAAAACGUGUUUGAAAAAAACCCAAGAAGAUUGAAGAAAAUGCUCAGCAGUGGAAAGUCGCUACGCUACUUUAGAGCCCGGAGAGGACUCAUCCAAUGACUGAGCUCCUCCACUUUGUUGAGACAGUUUUAUGUCCAAUCAGAGCUUUUCAAUUGUUGCGCUUACAUACUUAAUCUAAGAAACCAUGACGACGACCAUGUUGCAAGUAACUAUAGAGAUUCUGCUGACUGCUGCAUUGUCUUCACAACAGAAAAUAAUUAUUUGUUUUGUUUUUGCUUUUACUAAAACAAAAAUUGUGUUGCGCAGAUUUAAGAUGUUUAAGCCUUACUUUGUAAAUAGACUAACUGCCUUCUGUCCCUCCCGUUUCAAAAUGGCUGCCUGCUUUUGAGGAUGUUCUAGGAGGCGAGACUAAAGAAUCCUGCAAAUUAAAUGUAGUAGAUCGCCAAUUGGCAGACCGAGCCUGAGUGGCAGCAGAUAUAGCCAAUCAGAAGGGAAGUGAAUGAGGAAGAGGAGGAAGACAGAAUACUGUAAAUGCACUCACUGUAUGUUAUGUUUCCCCCAUUCUUAUCAUGUGCAAUGUUGCGGUUUUAACAUUUGAUGCAACUAUUUAUGAAGACAUCUGUUGUACAUGUAAUAAAUGGAGAUAAAAGUAUGUACUUGGUACUGCAAGCUCCACUGGUGGUAGUCCUCUUUAUUUGACCUAUAACCCUAUUGGGGUGUUAACUUAUCACCAUAGAAUUAGAAUGAGUAGAACGGACCUCCUAAUUCAGGUCAAUGAAGCCAUAAUGGUUGGACUGGUGGCCAUUUUGAGUGUCUCCAUAGGACAUUGUAAUUCUAUGGUUAUCGCUUCCUAGGUAACCUAACCUUCUGGGGUCGUGCUCUACAUGACACUUAUCGAUGUAGUUGAUUUUUGAUUUGUUUAUUUUCUUCCUGUCUCUCAGAAGAGUCCCAGUGUCCAGUCCCUGAUGUUAGGGAAGUAUAUUGAUUUAUCUGUUAGGAACACGCAAAACUGGAUUUUUCCUUCUAGAAGAGAGUUAGAGAGGGACGCUGUGGGAGAGAUGGCGGGAAAGAGAGAGAGGUCCAUUGUCAGAUCAUCUGUACAGUCACAUACAAUGUCCUUUAAUUUAUUUAUUAAUCCAUUUUUGUAAAGUUGUACAAAGGUUGUUGAACAUGGGAAUGUGGACUGGAUGUAUUAUUUUCCUGUUUCUUUUUUUGUCCCAAUCUCAUCCUAUUUUAUACAUGCAUUUUGAUUUUUAAAUGGUUUAUUUCACAUUUUGUUUAUUUACUUUUGCAUGUAUAUUUCUUUGUACAGAGACCAUGAGUGUUUGUGAAAUGUAUGUCAAUAUUUUCAUUAUUUUUGCCAUCAAUUAUUUUGAAAUUAAACAUGGAACAUAA